AUGUCACUUCCUCCACCACCUCCUGUUUCGUUUGUUACCGUCAAGCAACCCAUCAUUCACAACAAAUCUUCUUCUAAUAAUUCCGAAGAUGAAUUAGCUAGAAAAUUAUCAUCACGCCGUGAAGCACAAGUUCAGAAAUUUCCAAAAAAAGUUGAAUGGGAAAUUAUUCAUCCCAAACACAACAACGAUCCACAAGUUGAGAAAAAUACUGAAAAACGAGUGGUCAAAUUCGUAGUGAUUAGUGACACUCAUAACAAACAUGACAUGUUGAAUUUACCAGAAGGAGAUGUCUUGAUUCAUUGCGGAGACAUGUCUGAUGACGGACGAGUUGAGGAAAUUCAGAAAUUUAAUGAAUGGCUUGGAAAGACUCCUUACAAGCAUCGAAUUGUCAUUUGUGGAAAUCACGAAGAAGAAAUUUCUGCACUAUCCCCUUCAGAAAUUCAACAACUCUUGCCCAAUGCCACCUAUUUACACAAUUCCAGCAUUGUCAUUGAAGGCGGCAUUAAAAUUUAUGGAACUCCCUACGUUCCCAACAUGUCUGAUUUACCAGGAGAAAACAAAUCCUUCAUGGCAUCACGUGACAACAAAUUCUUUUACAAGAGCGAGUUGGAUCUGGAACAAGUGAUCUUUUCCAAUAUUGAUUCGGACACAAAUAUUUUAUUGACACAUACUCCACCGAAAGGAGUGUUGGAUGGCAUGUUACAUUUUGGAAGUGUUUCGUUAAUGAAACGAAUUAAGGAAUUGAAACAUCUGAGAGUGAAUUGUUUUGGACAUGUUCAUAUGGGUUAUGGUGUGGAGAGAGAGCAAGAUGUGACAUUUGUGAAUGCAUCGAGCGAUGGAGAUGAACAUCCUAUUUAUUUUGAUUAUUCAAUCUAG